UGAAUGAAGUGUUUGGAGAUGUGGUGAGCGGUGACUGCAAUGACAGCUAAACCCCUAUUCAUAGCAAACACUUGACUUAACUCUGACUCCAUUAUAUGGUUUGCAAACUGCAGUGGACUUUGAGUUUGAGUUUGAUUUGAUCGACAAUUCGUUUAAUUGUUGUUUGGAUUGAGAUUUGAGUGAAGAAUGAGUGAAAAGAUUGAGUUGAAGACAGCGCCAUAUGACCCACGCUUUCCCAACCAAAACCAGACCAGGAACUGUUACCAGAACUACCUGGAUUACCACCGGUGCCAAAAGGUGAAGGGUGACAAGUAUGAGCCAUGUCAGUGGUUCAAGUGGGCCUACACUGAACUCUGUCCCAAAGCAUGGACCGAGAAAUGGGACGAUCAGAGAGACAACGUUGGUGUGUAUGUGGAGGACAUACCGAUGCGCUUAUCCGAGAGAUACAGACCUCUGGAUGUGAGCGCAUACACUCAGGAGGAGACACUGAUUCCCGAUGUCUUCGACCAACACUACAGAUUUAGUGCAGAAUUAUAUGCUUUAGAAGUGUUUGAGUUUCGAGACAAACAAAAACGCAAACAAUUGUCACAAUCGAUGUCUAAUUUGGAUCUGAAGAGUGAUAAUAAUAGAAAUAGUCUUAAAUCACAAACGGAUGACAAGAAUGAAGUGAAGAAAUCUAUUCGUUUAAAUCCCGGAGAAAUACUUAAACCUAGUAAUUGUAUUGAAAAUAAUGAGGAUAAUUGUCAGCAAAGAGUGCCGGCUCUUCACAACAUGAAUGGCGUUAACCUAAUGUCCACUUAUGGACCCCAACACCAACAUCAACAGCCAAUAGUCCAGCAGCCGUUAGCUUGUGUGUCGGCCCCACAUUCUGGUCAACCAUUCAAUAGCAGCCAUUGGACGACAGCCAGCAUUUACCACAACUCCUGUGAUUUGGGCGCAACGUCUAGUAAUACGAGCUAUACUUCUAUAACAGCUAACCAUUUGUCUGACUCUCAACACAAUCUCUUGAGAUCCUCUAAAAGUGCAUCUGAUUUACCGACUCUUGUGAACAGUGAAGAGUCUGUUCGGACCACUAGAAGACAACGGUCUCACACACCUCCCUGUGCGCCCUCUAAACCUAAACAAAAUGUUAAUGAAAAGCAAACUCUGAUACUCAAUGACCCGUACGAAGAAUUAUCGCAAUACUCGAAAGAUUUUGUCAAUUCUAUCGGUUCGAUGGGCUUUGAAAGGAGUCGAGUGGCCAGAGCUGUCAAACACAUGGACAACGACCACAAAAAAGUGAUUGACUUUCUAUUACAGGUACAGACACUGGAAGAGACCGGUUAUGACUGCUGUGAAGCCGAGAUCGCUCUCCAUAUGAAUAGUUACCAAAUAUCUGAUGCCAAGAAAUUCUUGGAAUCAUUGCGACAGUUGUCUGAAGUGGGAUUAGAUAAAAGGGAUGUAAUUAAAGCAUUAGUCACGUGUAAUAAUGAUAGGGACAAAGCUCUGGAUGUUCUUCUCAACACUCAAUAAAAUAUAUUAUUUUUUCAAAACUAAUCAUUUGUUUCAUUGGUAUUCGAGUCAUGAGAAC